AAGAGAAUGGAAAAGUGAGAUAAUGCUUGAUGAAUGGCUUAGCAGAUGGCAACACAGGCAACACUGUCAUGAGAAAAUUCCGUAAGACUGCAUAAGACCUCGUGAUCGCGGAUCGCGUGUCGUAGCAAUUGGUCGUGACCAAAUAUCCCCAGUUCUAAUGGAUAUAUCCUAAGCUAGCGUUGCUUUCCAGAGAAGCUUUGGCCUUAUUUACGUUUAGAUAUCUCAACUACUGAACAGUAUUCCCGCUAGCGCAAUGUCCGACAAUCAGGGUGCGAGAUCCGCGAGCGCACCCAGCCAGUGGGCUGCGGACGCUGUGGCCUUCGUCCUGAAACAUUCGAGAGCUGGCAUCGUGCCCCUUUGCACCAACGUUGCCGCGAUACUGGAACAACGGGAUAGGCUCGCCCACGAAAAUGAAAACCUGGGUCGUGAACUGAAGAACUGCAAGGCAAUGCUUUCACUGCCCGUAGGGAGUGAGAAAGCUACCCCGAAUGCACAUUCGCGGCAGCAUUACGAAGAACAAGCAUGUGCCACAGGACAAGAUGCAUCUACAAGCAGUUUCCAACCACUAACUGUAAGCGACACAGAAAAUUGUGGCAGUGUUAUUGUGGCACCACUUGUCAACAGGGAAAAGAAAGGUAUCAUCGAUACACUAAAGGUUCUACGGCAGUUGCAUCAGUUUGGGAACCCUUGGGUGCCCUUAGACAGCUGUCUUUGUGAAGCCUGCAAAUCCUUUGAAGGAACCAAGGCUUCGCCGAAGGCUCUUACCUUCAACCUUCUUGACAAAGGCCACACCGCCAUAAUUCGAAGAAAACUCUUGGGAAAGAUUUGUUAUGUUGGCCACCUCGACACAAGUGCACCACACUGGAUUUGGCUGGGUCUUGACCUGCCUUACCCUGUGGGAUUCUGUGAUGGGAGACUUGGUGGAAAGACCUACUUUGAGUGCAAGCCAUGUCAUGGAGCAUUCUUCAAUGUUUCAAGUGUCACAGCAAUAAUUGCUUAACACAGCUUGCAGCUAGGCUGAACACACGUGAGCACAUCAUGAGAGGCAAUGUGAAAAAUACAAUGCAUGAUGUGAGGAAAUAUCACACUUUUAUUACUGAAUAGUUUCACUCUGAUGAAAAAUGCUUUGUACAUCUUUUGUACAGAUUGUUUUAUUUACACAUUUCACAUUGUUAGAAAUUAUAAGUAUCUACUUCAGUAGAG